UGAAGAGCUAAUCUAGUAGCAUAAGCUGCUUGCUCGAUCAUAUCGAGUAAUAGAUAAUUACGCCGAAUUUAUGCAUAGAUCAUCUGCCAAUCCUUCAGUUCCGUUUCAUUUCCUUCUUCCUUACCCUAGACAUUGACGCGAUUACUGCGCUACAUGAUGUAUCCGUCGCUCUACCCCGCGCUAUUGCAAAAGGAUGACUUGUGAUUGGCCAAAGCUCGAUCGUCUCAUUGACGUCAACGGUGAUGGCAAAUAGAAGCGAAACGAAAACACGAAUCUGUCAUUGUAAACUUCUCACUUACAUACGUGAUCUAUCUGCAUUUGUGAAUCCCCUCCAAGUGCAUGCGCAGUUGCUAAGCCCGGGACGUGAAUAAGUGGCCAUAGAGUUCGACUCGGCACCUCUUUACCUGUUAUUUCGUUUGCAGAUCGCAUACACAAAGCUUGAGUCUCACGCUCAGAAGACAGCUCUUCCUGUUAGUUCGCUCACAAUGGCGAGUGCUGCAGGUGUUCCGGAGCGAUUUCCUCCAAUCGAAGAUUUGUCAGCCAGAGAAACUGAGCCUCUCCUUGGUCGACCUGGCGAUGCUGCGCAAGAAGAUGGCGUCCCCUUGAUCAAGAACCUCGUUCUCGGUACUGGGAUAGUAGCUCAGCUAGGCGUGGUCCUGCUCACUAUUCUGAUCUGGGCAAGCGUCCUCUCUAAGCCUUUGAUCCUCUUCUCAGCUCACCCACUCCUUCAAUCUCUCGCGGUUCUCACCCUGGCUCAGUCUGUUCUAAGUCUGCAGCCGACUCAUACGGCAGAGCAGAAGCGCGUCGGCCAGCGCGUACAUGCCAGUCUCAACCUCGUGGCCUUCUUGAUCCUUGUUGCUGGCGUGACCAUCAUCGAGUAUAACAAGAUUGCAAACAACGGUCCUCACUUUCACUCUGUCCAUGGAUAUCUCGGUGUCAUCACUUCUAUCGUUCUUCUCCUCCAGUACGGUGUUGGUUUCACCAUGUGGGCUACCCCAGCCCUGUAUGGCGGCGUGGAUAAUGCCAAGGCUGUCUGGAAGUAUCAUCGCUGGAGUGGAUAUAUCAUCUUUGUUCUGCUCUUGACUACCGUCGUUAGUGCCGUCGAGACAGACUACAACCAUAAUGUACUCAAGAUCAAGCUGUGGGCCGUGCUCUUGCUGGCUAUUGUCACUUUGGUGGGUGUUGUGCCUCGGAUUCAGAAGCAAAAGCUCGGCUUCCCAGGUCCUGGCUCGACUUGAUCAUCCUUGGUCUAUAUCGCUUGACCACUGCUGGAAACCCAAUUGCAUGGAAUCUGUAGGUCAUACUCCCAUGUUCGAUGAGUUCGCAUACAACCUUAGAACACGGCGUCUGGUGUAUGUUCUCAGUGUUUGGAACCAUCCUGAAAGCUUUUGUACGGCGCCUCUGGCACAAUUAUGUGAGGAAUUUGCUGGGAGAAGUCGCGCCUCUCGCUGCUAUCAGCGAGUGAGAUCUCAUCACGUUUAAUACUAGCUCUCUUUUUCCGCUUUUUUUUAAUUAGGCAUCGACGCUUAACUAAUACAUUCUGAUCAAUUUACCAGUCUCACGAUGCGAUAUGGGAAAUAUAGCUUGCGACGAAAUUAGCAACUGCGUGUUCUCGACUUCUGAGUUGUACCGACCUUAAAAGCUACAGUGUUGCAUAUUGACCAUUCAAAAGACUCGUAGUCAUAGAUUCGCCCUUUCUUCAGUGCAAAUGUACAAAAUGUGCAUAAC